AUGGUCAUGGAGUACAUGGACUUGGGCGAUCUGCUCGACUACCUCAAGAGAAAGAGAAACAACGAGACGUUGGCCAUGGAUGUCUCGACGGUCGAAGUCACGCUUGUUUUGGCGCACGCACUCGCCGACCUCCAUCGACAAAAUAUCAUCCACCGCGAUGUCAAGAGUCAAAACAUCUUCCUCUCAACGACCCACUACAUUCGACUCGGCGACGUCGGGUCGGCACGCACAGUUGACGAAUUGAUGACGGCCGGUACCGGCACCGAGUACUGGAUGGCCCCCGAGGUAUUUCGUGAGGGCUACGACGACAAAGACCAGCCGUACACCAUCGCCGCCGACAUCUACUCGUUCGGCGUCGUCCUGACGGAGCUCGACACGCUCAAAGUGCCGUACGAAGACGAGGUUCACCGCUACGCGAUCAAGGACAAGGUCCGCAAUGGGCAGUUGCGUCCGCACAUGAGCGACACGUGCCCGCAGUGGCUCAGAGAUCUUGCCAAUCAGUGUCUUUCGUUCGACCCCAAGGAUCGUCCGACGGCCGAGAACAUCAUCGCGACGCUCCUGCCGCAUCACGACACGACGAGAUUCGACCUCUUGGACGUCGAAGAUGACGUUGAAGAGCCGAGCGAUGCACUCUCCGAAGAAGGGGACGACGUCGAAGAGCCGAGCGAUGCACCAAGCCCCAUCAACGACGAGGAAGAGGUCGAGACAUCAAUGUCGUGGCUGUAG